AUGGCCAGCAUCUUCACCUUUGAGACGGAACUCGCUCGGGUUUCUUCUCCUUGGCUGACACCUUCGGACAGCCCUAGACCCACGACGCCAACUUCCCAGCCUAAAGAACAAGCUUCGUCUGCUCGGCUCGAGGAUCAUGGCGUUACACGACUCCAGGCGGAGCCUCAACAAGGCCCUACUGAGUACAAGCUCCACUUGCUGCUUAGACCGAGAAGAAACUACAGCAGAUCUUCAACCGGAUCUGCUAGUUCGAGGCCACAACAGGACGGCCGAAAACCUGGCAACCCAGUGACCAAUGAAUCGGGCCAUAUUUCAGCCGUCCUAACGCCUUCGAGAUCGCGACAGCAUCGCUUAGAACAACUAACAACGCAGCUGCUUUGGCGUCUUCAACAAUCUUCUCCAUAUCAUGACUUCUCUACCAGUGAUCUGGUCCUCCCUCAGCUACCAGAAGACACAGAAAGCCUCGUAGAGCCUCUGCAGCCAGCUAAGCUGCUUGCGGGGCUAGAGCAAAGUCGAGGAGCUCUGUAUGAAAUUGGAGUAUCUGAUGAUGGAACCUUCGUAGGGUUAACUAAGGAUGAAAUGGAUGAAUCACUAAGAAAUCUUCGAGUCAUGGCUGCUAGUCUCGGCUGCAAUGUUGAGAUUAUCAGAAUGGUCAUCGUUGGUGAUUGCGAAUGGCAAGAGUCGUCAAGUUCUUCCUCUGAUUCUGAGAUAUCGCUUGCGAAUCUAGAAGGACCGCAUACCCGGAACUCAACUAGAUCAACGGUAGACUCCCAAACACUCCGCCACCAAGCACAACUUUGGGUUGCAGAGGCUCUUGUCUCCCCCAACUUGGGUCCUCGGGAUAAGCAGUCGCAGGGAGAGCCAAUAUCAGAAUCUACCAGUGACAUGCGCUACAACGCCCCGAAUCCUGUUGAGCUCGAGAAGAAGUUGUCACUUGAUCGAGAAGCAGAAUGUGAAGAGACAGAACAGUUGCGAAUCACUCUGACAGGGCCUACGAAUUCUGGGAAGUCAAGUUUGCUUGGCACGCUCUCUACAGCCACUCUGGACAACGGUAGAGGUAAAAGUCGGCUGAGUCUUCUGAAACAUAGGCAUGAAAUCGCUUCAGGUUUGACGAGCUCCGUAGCCCAAGAACUUAUUGGUUACAAGGGAUCGAAUGUUAUUAACUACGCUUCCGGGAAUGUUACUUCUUGGACAGAUAUACAUUUUUCCUCCAAGAGUGGCCGCUUGGUAUUCAUUUCUGACUCGGCCGGACAUUGGCGAUACCGUCGAACAAUCGUCCGCGGUCUCAUCGGAUGGGCACCUUCAUGGAUCAUCUUGUGCAUUGCUGCCGACGAAAAUUUUUCGAACAGUGCUGGCGGCACGACUGCCUCUCACGACAUUCUUGGCGCAGCCGAGCUCGGUAUUGAUCUGGGCAAAGCGCACUUAGAGCUCUGCGUGAAGCUUGAGCGACCAUUAGCUGUGGACCCCGGCUCCCAAUACAUGUCUAGACAGCCGAACUUCUCAGGCAGUCUCAAAUCGUCAGAAUUGCCGGAUUACAGUACUGAUCCCGUCAAAGUCAUUACCAAAUUGGAUCUCGCAUCGAAAUCAAGUCUAAGGCACACACUAAGUAAAAUACUCUCCAUCAUAAAAGCUACUGGUCGAGUACCCUACAUCCUUCCCCCGGACCAGGCAAAGAACGUCGAUGAAUCUGAUCUCAACACCAUUCCUCAAAGUAACAGUUUCGAUCCAGUGCGGCGACUCAUCGAAAAGAUCAAGGCGGAAGACCCUACAUUGAUUGUUCCGAUCGUCAUGACAAGUGCGGCUAAGGGUACAGGCAUCCGAUCCAUGCACGCUUUACUUCAAAGUCUUCCGAUUCCACCUACCCCUACUGCACAGGACCUCAUUGGUGAGGCCCUCAAUCCGGAACAGCCUGCCUCUCUGUUCCACAUUGAGGAUGUCUUUGGACUUCCAGCAUCUCUAGAAACGGUUGCCUCUGAAAGGUCUCAAGACACUGGCAUGGUAGUUGCUGGACAUUUAAAAUUCGGAAGGUUUUCUGUCGGUGAUGUAGUAGUUGCCGGCCCGUUCCUUGCAGAAGAUGGAAUUGCAUCAUCCCCACAGGCGGAAACAAGAUUGUCCCCAAACAACCUUAGAAAUUCGCAUUCGCAUCCUUCAACAGCUGAAUUGCCCCGGACAGCUUCCCGCCAUGGCACCUCGGCGUCCACAGCGAAAGUAGAAUGGCUUACUGCGCAGAUUGUUAGUUUGAGAAACCUCCGUUUGCCGGUCCAUACCUUAGAGGCGGGACAGGUUGGCACUGUCGGAGUCGUCUUUGAUAUUGCGUCGGAUAAAGUUUCUGAUGGCGCCUUUGAGCGCACUCGAUCCUCGCCACCACGAGUAAGAAAAGGUCAAGUUAUGGCUAUUCCAAGUCGACACAUGAUCGAUACAGGACAGACUAUGAAAGCUGCCAGCGGAUUUACUGCAUCGUUCGAAGACAGCGAUAUCAGUUCUCUCACACCGGGGAGCUUGGUUGUUGUGUACGUAGCUAGUAUCCGGGCAGCUGCUAGGGUGCUAAAGCUGGUACCUCGUCCAAACAAGGAGUUGGGGACCGCAACCCGAGGGGAAGAGCUUGAUGUUUUUGGCCUGAAUGACCAAGAAGAUACGGAACCAGAACCACUUGUAUUUGGCAUGGAUGGAAUUACAGAUGUCACCUUCGAGCUGUUGACAAGCCGUGAAUGGGUAGAACUGGGCGAAAAUAUCCUAGUCAUGCCCGGAGGAGGUCACGGCUUAUAUUAUGGAUCCGAAAGAGGAGAGAAAGGUGUCGCCGGGCUUGAAGGAUUUGCUGGUAGAAUCAUAGAAGUUGUAGACUAG